AAAACGCCAGCGUCGCUGGUACUUGCUCGAACGCCAACAGAUACUCUGCAGCGAUCUGGGUUGACCAAACAUUACGCGCCGCACCCAGGCUCAGUCGUAUCCAGACGUCAGCUUGGCACGAUGGCGGAUGGCGCCGCGAGCACCGGCAACGUCGCUGCGCAAGCCAGCGCAGGCGAGUCCGCUCCGCAAGACUUCCUGGUUCAGUACGUGGUCGUGCGCAAGGACUUGUGGACGUCAAGCGGGUGGCCGCUGGGCAGCGUUGUCGCACAGGCCUGCCACGCCUCGUCGGCAGCUAUGUGGAUGUACAAGGACGAGCCCGAAACGCAAGCUUACCUGGCGCCUGACAACAUCGACCACAUGCGCAAGGUGGUGCUGGAGCUGAAGGACGAGGCGGCGCUGCGCAAGCUCAGUGAGACAUUGAGUGCGGCGGGCGUGGGGCAUAAGCUUUGGGUGGAGCAGCCGGAGAACUACCCCACCUGCCUGGCCACGCGCCCCUACCCCAAGAGCCAGGUGGCACAGUACUUCAAGAAGUUCCAGCUGUCCAAGGCGCCCAUUGGAUAGUGCUGAGCUGUUGUGGUGCCGCUGGUGCGGUGGCUGGCGCAAAGGUGACGCACAUAGACUCCUAAAGCGUGGGAAUUAGGAGUACAUUGCAACGGGUUGGGGACUGCGCCCCGGAGCCACGGCUGUCUGGAUGUGAUUUGAGGUUGUCUGCGAGUGCGUGUUUGUGAUUGCGGCUGUGCUUGGCAUGCCCCGGCGAAGUGAGGGCAACGAGGCUAUGUGCUGAUUUUGUGAUUCAAAUGGUAUCAUGUUCUCCUUGCGCAGCCUUGCGUCCCUGGGCGCGGGAUCCUUGCGUUGGGCGGUUGGGGUUAAGGUUGGGAAUGCCGAAUGCGAUUGUGGAUAGCAAUCAGGUAACGAUGUUCUUGAAGUUGCAUGGCGAUCGCACAAGCAGCUGGGGGAUGCCGGAUGGACGCUUAUCAGCAUGGGGACCUAGUGAGGGCGCGCGUACGGGUUCGGGAGUAGGAAUCCUGUAUAUAAGCAAACGCUUGAGUCGCCGUAGCUCCUCGGAACGCUAGUGGAGAGCCGAGCGGAGGACUAAGACUUUUGGACAGCCAAACGAGACUCUGU